CAGCUUCCUGCUUGCAAAGAAGGGGGGCGGGGGGGAGAAAGAAGAAGACGGAGAGCAGCAGCCGCCGCCUCGCCAAAGAAACCUUGGAUGAAAUAAGAUAAUUUGAAAAUUUUUGUUUGGCGUCCAGGCUAACUUCAGGAUCGCAGGGUCUCCCCUUCAAGCUUUUGACCCAGAAUGCUUGCAAUUUGCCAACAGUGAAGGAGACCACAAUGGGGCUUGCCUCGUAGCAUAAUAGCCCCACCUCCCUCAAAUCUCAAAUCCACCUCUGUCGUGGCGACCGUGGAGUGUUGCCUCUGGGGGCGGAGCCCACCUUGGUCUCUCUUUAUUGAUCCUGGAUGGAAUUGCGGUGAAUGGAACAGAAGCCCAGCACGGUGGAGUGCCUGUCGGAGCCAGAGGACACCCGUGGUGCUGGAUGACUCCAAGAGAGUAGCCAAACGGAAGCUGAUUGAAGAGAACCGGGAGAGACGACGCAAAGAGGAAAUGAUGAAAUCCCUUCAGCACCGGCCAGAGCCAACCUCAGAGGAAUGGGAGCUGAUACGCAUCGCUACGGAUGCACACUGCAGUACCAACGCCCAAGGCAGCCAUUGGAAACAGAAGCGGAAAUUCCUGCCUGAAGAUAUUGGUCAGUCACCAAUGGCCUCCAUGCCUGAUGGAGACAAAGUAGACCUGGAGGCAUUCAGUGAGUUUACGAAGAUCAUUACCCCUGCCAUCACCCGUGUGGUGGAUUUUGCCAAAAAACUGCCCAUGUUUUCAGAGCUGCCUUGUGAGGACCAGAUCAUCCUUUUGAAGGGCUGCUGCAUGGAGAUUAUGUCACUGCGGGCAGCUGUGCGUUAUGAUCCUGAAAGUGAAACCCUGACGCUCAGUGGUGAAAUGGCCGUCAAGCGGGAGCAGCUGAAGAACGGUGGCUUGGGCGUAGUAUCAGAUGCCAUCUUUGAUCUGGGAAAAUCCCUCUCUGCCUUCAGCCUGGAUGACACUGAAGUGGCACUGCUCCAGGCUGUGCUGCUCAUGUCCUCAGAUCGCAGUGGGCUAAUUUGCGUUGAUAAGAUUGAAAAAUGCCAAGAGACCUAUCUGCUGGCAUUUGAACACUACAUCAAUUAUCGCAAACACAACAUUCCCCACUUCUGGCCCAAGCUCCUCAUGAAGGUGACUGACCUGCGCAUGAUUGGGGCUUGCCAUGCCAGCCGCUUCCUGCACAUGAAGGUGGAAUGUCCUACAGAGCUCUUCCCCCCACUGUUCCUCGAGGUCUUUGAGGAUCAGGAAGUUUAGGGCGUGAGGAGGGAUGGAGGGAGGGGGCAAACAGGGUGGCAUGGGCGAAUUGGGGACAUGGGGCAAUUUGGGGCUGGGGCGAUGUCUGGACUUGGGUCACAGGGCCCUCACCUCAUCACCUCGGACACAACAGAUUUUCAUUGUUUUGUUCUGUUUUGUUGUUUUCAUUUUUUUUCUUUUUGUUUUUCUUUUUGUUUUUCUAAAUAUUGCACGUCAGCAUCAAUGAAUCCCCUAGAUAGGGGAAGCAAGGGCAUCCUUGGUAGGGGGUGGGCCAUGAAAAAAGUCAAAGGUAUACAAAAUCUGGGUUAUGAGGUAGACGUGUGCAGUAGCCAACACAUCCUUUCUCUAGGCAGAUUUUUUUUUUUAAAAAAAAAAGUGGACAAUACAAUUCCCACCUGCCUCCUUGUUAUGUCCCCUGUUGUCCAAAGUCAUCUUUCCAGGGUGAAAUGUCUGUCUUAAACUUUAACAUAAAAAAAGAGAAAAACAAUCCAUAUAUUAUUCUCUCCCCCCUCCCUCCAAAAUGCUUUGCCUUUCUCCCCUUCUUUAAAGAAAAGUUUUCUGCCCCUCCACAACACUGGAAGCAAUCGGCACCUCUUGAGCCCUGAUCAAACCUCUCUUGUUUAAACGGACUUGAUUACCAAUAUAUAUAAAUAUAAAUAUAUAUACAUAUAAAUAUAUAUAUGUAUGUAUAUGUAUGUAUAUAUAUUCUUUUGCACAUAACAGUCCCAGGAAACGUCAGAGUGUGUUUGGUUGUUGUUUUUUUCUUUAAGAACUUUAGCAUUUAGUUAUCCUCCCUGGGAGGCUAAAAUCGAAAAUGCACUUUUUUUUGUAAAAGAAAGAAAUGGAACCGAGAGAGAGAGAGAGAGGAAAAGAGAAAUCCUAUUAAAUAAUUAGGGGCAGGUGGGAGGAGGAAGGUCACAGAUAUUUUGGCAAGAAAAGAGAAUAAACCUAAAUUGAGGCUGAAGGUCCACAUGUGAAGGACAAAUGCACUUUGAGUGAGAUAAAAAUCUUUCCCCUCAGCUCCUCCCUUAAUGGGGAAACAGGUGACUGAACUAUAAAAAUAAUAAAAAAAUGAUCUAUUUUAUAUUGCUUUGAAUGGCACUGCAGGGCAAUGGCACUCUUAAGAGGUGCCUGUUUUGUGUUCCAGUGUUGAGAGGUAUAUUCAUCAGCCUUCCUCCUUGCCCCGAUGUCCUCUUCCCCCCCCCCCCCAAAGCUUCAGCCAAUCUACCUCCAUGUUCAGCAAGGUGGGUGGAUUUAACAGAUUCCCACCCACACCUGCUGCCCCCUCCCAGCUGAAAGGCUGCAUGCAAUGUUCCCACUGGGCUUUGAAACGGCCCUUGCUAAUUCUUUGCACACGCUUUCCCACGCCACGUGGCGGUACACUUCUUUCUGCACUAGUAUUCUCGCUGCCCUGCUGCACCCUCCCUUCAACGCCCUUCUCUCUGGGGAAGAAACGAGGAGAAAUCCUAACCCUUCAAUGCUCCAAGAGAAUCAAAGUUAGGUUUCAAUUAUUUCUUAUUUUGGUGGGGUUUGGGGGGGGAUGGCACUUAGCAAUACAGAAAACACGAAGACAGUGAAAUUCAUGGGGACAUGGCACACCCUUUCCAACCCAGGAUUGUACAGCCUUUCUGUAUUAAGAGGUUGUGGGCUCUGCAUAAUAACUUCUCUUUCUCCUGCACAGCAUUCCAUGUCCCCUGCAAUUCUAAGUUACUGGCCCUUUUGUACUCCCAGUUGUAUCUGUGCACAUGGGAGGAAAAGGCAAAGGUUCCUCUUGCAAGGCCUGUUGGAAAGGUUAUCCUGGCCUGAUUAGGUCUAAUUUUCCCUUUCGGAGGGGUGCUAGAUCAAUGAACUAAUAUACAAAUGCACUUCCUUGCACAAAAGGAGGGUCAUCCUGCCUCACUUGAAGUGUCAUGGGCAGAGCAAUGCCCCGAGCCUCAGGUUGCAUGAACUGUAUCAGAGGUGAUCCAGUUGGGAACUUGGAGGCAGGCUACCCACAUUUGUAAAACUGAAUUGGCCAAGUUGGCGAGAGAAAGACACCUCAAGUUUUUCAAAUUAGAUAUUGUUUCCAUUUGAUUUCAGCUUUUUUCCCCCCUCCUCAUUAUUUAGUGUUGUGCUUAUGUGGUUGUGACUGGUUGUUGGAAAAUAGAACCUCUGAAGUUCUGGCCAGCAGUUUAGCUUUAUGGGAACAUUAUUUGGAGAAGGGGAGUAGGGUAAAUUGUGAUUGACCAGGCCUUACAACUCCAUUUCAAUAGCCACCAGCCCUGCCUUUAAUCCUGGAUUUUUGCCUCUUGGCUGAUGCUUGGGGAAGGUGGAGCAAUUGGUACCUAGGCCCAUAUUUGACAUGGAACAUCCAGUUACGAAUUCCCACUCUAAAGAUUUGCCCUUGGAGGAGGUAUUUCUAAAGGAAAACAAAAAAACAAGAUAACAACCACCAGCUUCCCGCUUUCUUCCUAUCUUUUUCACCUUUAAUGCAAGCCAGACUGUGAUCACCUUAAUGCAAGUAUUUUGGCACUUAACACUGUCCAUAGAUCAGAUUGCUCUAUCUCUCCUAAACUGCUUUAUCUGUGAUAGAUCCAUUUCUUGUCAAAUUAAUAGCCAGACUUUUUCUUUUUUCUGCAACUGUAAUAUAAUGUUAUUCGGGAGAGGGGUAUAUUUUUAUUCCCCCCCUCCCUUGCUCUUUCUCUCUGUCACAUGGUUUCCGUUGGAAAAAAAAACCCUUUACCUCUUACCUCAUUCAAGACGCCGUGGGAAAUGUUACGUGAUGGGUUGGGUGCAUGUUGGAUGUACCAUCUGAAGGUUCAGAGGCCGGCGCAUGGAGAACUCAGCUCCAAUUUAAGCUAAUAUACAGAAAUAUAUAUAUAUAUAUAUAUAAAUAUGUAUAAUUUUUUUUAAUUAAGGAAAAUCUUUGUACGGGUCUGUUCACAAAAAGGAAAAAUCACACAAACAAAAAUUUGGGUUGGAAAAGACAUAAUGCUUUUUUGUUUGUUUGUUUGAUUUUUGCUUUAUUUUUAUCAUCUUUAAAUGACAUGGGGUUAAAUGGGGAAGUAAUUGCUGGGCUUGAAUUGAAGGGAGUCUGGGGUGAUAAAUGCCAGCAGUCAUACUGGAUAAUAUUCAAGGCAAUACCUGUUCCCCAGUCGUCAAAUGUGAUUUUGAAUACAGAUCUUAACAGUCUCAUGUUUUUUUUUUCUUUAAAAAAAAAAAGCAAGUUUCUAACUGGUAUGGUAGUGAAGACAGCUUACGAGGCCCAAUGAAUCCUCAGAACAGACCUUAACUGGGAUUUCCAGUGGUGUGUAGGAUACAUACCUCUGGUGCAGAAACAGAAUACAUUAUGCAAAAUAAGCCCACGUUUUUCUUAAUUGUUCCAUUUUUCUUAGAGCAGCAUUCAGCUUUUCUUGAUUUGGGAGUUAGAUGUUUGUGUUUAAAGUGCAUAGGAAACACCAUGCCCAGUUGUUGUUCCACCAGCUAUUUCCCCAAGGAAUAAAACUGGGUCCAUUGAAAUAAUGUAUCUUGAGAAGAUGCAGAAGUUUUGCCUUGAAGAUAUGAGCUAAUCUUGGAUUUCUUUGAUGGAGGAAACUUAUUUUGUUCAGCAUAGAAGCUGAAGAAACUUGCCUGAAAAUAUCCCCAAAGCCUCAUAUCCAUGCAAUAACAAUUUGAAAAGCAUCCAAAGAUGAGGAACUUUAUAGCCUGGUUGACUAAUUUCAAAGACUGGUGUUUUCUUAUAUUACUUAUAACAUGCUAUUCCCUGUUACACCUACACAAUAUGCACAUGGCUUAUUAGAAAUGUAAGUUCCUUCAUACUUAAUCCAGCUUUUCUCAGAAAUAGCUAGUUUAUUCAGACCACUUAGCACUGCCCUUUCUUGCUGCAACCCUCAUUGUUUUGCCCUUCUCUAAUAUUACCCAUCCCUUCUAAAAUCUGUAUUGGUCCCAUGAAACAGGCUUGCAAGUCUUUGGUAAACAGUUCCCUUCUUACAUUAAUCUUCCCUGUGCAAUAAAAUGAGGUAUGUGUGCUUGUGUGUAUGAGAGAGCAUGUGCAUUGUGUUUGUUCCUGUGUCUGUGAGAGACAGAGGUUAAUUAGGCUGAACUCGUAACCAGAAGGAAAUCCUAUCAAAAUCACUGGAUUUGCUUCAACAUGGCCAUUAAAAUUCUUUUGCUAGGCCCUGCUCCUGUAUCUUAAAAGGUUUGACAGAAAAUACACUCUUUGGACUUGAAUAUAAGACUCACUUUAUGGACAUACAUUUCUGCCUUAAAUGGAAGCAGACCAGUGUCCUUUGUAGCUCAGUAUUCUCUCCUUGGGCGGGCAGCAGUCCCCAAUACUUCAGGCCGCUUUCCCCAGCGAUGGCAUCUUAGAGUCAAGCAGAACGUGAGGCCGGAGAGCAGUGAAGUGAAGCGAUCCGACUGUUUGGGUUUCUAGCAAUUCAGAAUCCUCCACAAAAGGUAGGGCUGCAUUUUUCAUGGAAACGUCAUUUUCUGCUUCCUCUUGUAGAGAGUGAGUGUCAGAUUCUGGUAAUUGGGGCUGUUACAAACUGAGUGUGGGUCCUCUCUGGUCCCACUGCAAGUGCUCCGCCACAGAAGUUUAUAUAGCACUUAUCCAGAGAUUUAUGUAGCACUUAUUCACAAGAACAGCCCUUGCUUAGUUCCAGGUUGGGGGUUUUGACUGCUAUAUUUACUUUUGGUGGUGCAAUUGGGUAAUGUUAGACCAUGGAAACAACUAUCUUGAAGGAGUAUUCGGUAAGGGAAGCACAGUAUUUGAUUAAAACAGGAGGAAUUGGCUGUGAUCUACAGGUUCCUCUGUGCUGUCCUUGUUUUGCUUCAGGAGCCCAGAUCUCUCUCCUGUGCUAAGAUAAUCACAAUUUAUUACGUUUUUAAAUAGUGCCCAGUGUUAGUAUAACCAUCCAAAGCAGUUUCCCCUUUCUUGAUAGACUUUUUUCAUACAAUCAUUACACUUAGCAUUAUUAUUAGGCUGGCUUCAUACGUUAUGUUAAGAUACAAUGCGAUUUUCCUUGAUUUUAGCUCAGCAUGUUGUAUGAAACUUGGUCAUCUUUUUAAGCCAUAGUUCAUGGUUUAGCAUGUUUUAUGAACUCAGCUAAUUUAUUCAUUAAAUCAUGGUUAAAACAUAUAAUGUGUGAACCCAGCCUUAAUCUGCUGCUUUCCCACUAUGCAAGACCCAUUCUUAUUCAGAAUUAAAUAUGGAUGCUUCCCUGUAAGGCCAUAAUUUUCCUUAGCUUUUUUCCAAUGCUUUCUUUCCUUGGCUUUUCCAGUGGAAAUCUUUUAGGAAUUUCUGCAGAUGUGAGUAGUGGGAACCAGCUUUCUGGCCAGAAAAGAGUUACAACAAAAGCUGAAAUCUGAAAUUGAAACUCAAUGAAUAAAUAAAAUAGAAUAUUAGGUAUCGAUUUGUGAUUCCCAGCAGCUUGUAAUUCUUGCACUGUCCUUCGACUUUAUGUAGUCUUGUUAAACAGUCUUGUUAAAAAAGCAAUGUGCUGUACCAAGUUUUCAGGCAGGAGCUUUUUCCUACUUAACCAUUUUCCAAUUGUAUUUUAAAAAUCAAUCUGUUAUUACUGCAAUAGUAUUUCAGCCCCACACCCACCCGCUGUCCAUGAUUGGGCUGGUGGCAUACAACUGUUGUAAAUAAAGGAAACAAAAAAAUCUCCUUAAAUUUCUAUGCAUCUCAGGAACUUGGCUUGAAAUCAGAUCUCUGAGAUGUGUAUUCCCUCACUGGAAUAUUGAAUAACCUUUGACAAGGAAAAAAAAAUUCAGAAUUACCCAUGUAAUCAGGAAUUGAACUCAACUCAAGCUACUCCUUUAGCUUUUUAUACUCUUUCCCCCCAUCUAUUUAUUCAUUCUAAACUAAAAAAAAUUAUAAUGCAUCCCAGAUAUCACAGAAACAUGUCAAAAGGUGUUUACUGGCUAACUAAUUUUCUAUCCUUAUUCAUAUUUCAUUCAGGGAACGGUACAGCUUUCACUAAUGUAUCUGCACUACACAAAGCUGGUUAGUAUUCCCAACCCAUUCUUGUCCAUUUCAGAAAUUGAGAUGCUUUGCAAGGUAUGUAAUUUCUAAGCCUCAAGCAUGUUUGUUAGCAUAUGCCUUCCAUGCUAAUGAUCUUCUGUUAUGAAUGAGCUGCUAUUGAGUUGAACCUGAUCACAUAAACAAUGUUUUUACUGAAUCAUUUGACAAAUUCAGUAGAUCUUAGGAUGACCGAAUGUGUGAAACCCUGCUUGGGUCAGUGAUGAAUGUAGCAUUUGAAAGAGUUGAGUGUUGCUUGAGGGAGAAUUGAGGUCUUUAGAUGUACAUUACAUGCAUUAAAUACAGUCAGUUCACUUGUAAAAGGAGUUCGAAAUAAUAUCAAUUCAGUUAGGUUAUAAAAGAGUUGGAAUGAUCAGCUGAGAAAAGAUCUAAAAAGCAGCAUAAGGGCAAGCUGAAAAAAAUCCAGCUCUUUGAAAUUCUCUUCUUAAAAAAUUUAUUAUUUUUGCUCACAUAAGAUGGAAUGUUUGUCCCAAGCUGGCACCUACAACAAACGUGGCCAGUAUACAAAAUAUUUUUGAUCUUCCUUUGGAAGCAGUGCAUUUGUGGCCAUUGUGCUUCUUACAUGGCAUUUUGAAAAUUUCUAGAGUAUUCCAGGGUGCUCUGCCUAGUUAUUUAGGACAAGAAAUCCUGCACAAAUAAGCAUGAAUAAUGCCUUUUUCUGAGGAUUUUUUCAAAAGUUGUUGCUUUUUUCUGCAAUCAGACCUAGCCAGUUUGCUAAAUGUUCUCCAUAAAAAUUCAGAGUGAAAAUAUUAAUUGGCUCAAACAUCUGGGUUGAUUCUAAAGUUCAGCUUCCAUAAAUUCCAUUUAAUUGACUUGAAGCCAAAGUAUUGCAGACAACAACCCAAAUAAAUCCUUUUUCAGAUUACCUUUUAAUUGAUAAAUUUAUCUUCAGCCUUAAUUUUAUACCAUUGUAUUCCAAUUGUCUAAAUUCUCAUGGCGUCCAAGUGCGGGGCUGUUUGCUUCCAAAGAGAGAGGCAGAAAAACAAGAUUCCUGAAACCGAGCAUUCGACAAAACUAUUUACAGUGUUUGGAAGGUCUCGUAUUUCUUCUUAUUUUCAGUUAGAAUAAGAAUAAGCAAUACAUAAAAAAUAAAAAGCUGGUUUUGACCUAGAAUAACGGUUUUUAAGAUCUUCUUCCCCAGCCUGCCUGCCAAAAACUGUUCCAGUGUAUUUGGCUUUCUUGCCUCAGGUCAGACGCCUCUUUGUUCUUUUUUCCUUCCUCGCUUUCCCUCCCCACUGAUCAAGGAGUCCCAACUGGACAGUCUCACAUUGAAAGACACACAUUAUUCUCUAGUGCUAGUUCUUGACUUACUUACUCUCCCUCAGCAGCCAGCCUUUCAAGUACUUAUCCAAAAUUCUGCCACAUAGUUCUUUAAAAGAGAAAAAUAAACCUCUGGAGGUUAAUGCCUUUUCUUUUGAUAACGGAGAAAUGAACUACAGGUAAUUCUCAUUUAUCCCUGGCAAUUUAAAUGAUGUGGUUGUUAAGUGAAACUGAUUGUCCUUGCGAUCUUAUGUCAGUUUCCUUUGCUUUACAGACCUGCAAAGGUUAUAAAUGCAAGGAUUGCAUAGUUUUUUUUCAUCACUGUCAUAACUUUUGGCAGUUGCUAAACAAGGACUACCUAUAUAUUUCUGCUGCCUGCAAAGGGCUGCAGAAACUAAGGCUCUCUUGCCACUUAUGACCCUCCUUGCCAGGCUGAAAAGGUUUGCAUAGGUAACUAAUCUGCAAGUUACCCCUUAAACCCGGAAGCCUAAAAAACAGAUCUCAAAUAAUCUUCCUAUCAUUACCUUAUUCCAAACUCCACCUUCAGUUAGAACUAAUACCUUUCCCCCUUCUUUUUGGAGAGGGGGUUGAGCUGAGUUUGCUUUGCUACUUGUACUGUAGAAAUUAUAGGUUCCAGCAUUCUCUUUGGCAGCUCAGGGCCCUAAAGGAUUUUUAUUUUAAACUCGGACAGCAGAAGAAAAAUGAAUGCCAUCCAAAGGCAGGUUGUUCUUCACUUCUUGCAGAUUGAGCAAAGGCAGAAGCCGUGAAACAGUUUAGGCAUUGUGGUGCUGCCAGGAGACCCCGCUGAGGCCAGAGCUGGUCACAUGUAUUCUUUAUCUCAAUGAGUAUGUUAUUCUGGCCAUUGGUGGUGUUCCUACAUAAACAUCUUCCUGGUAUAUGAGAAAGAUACGCUCUGGUUUAUGGUGACCCCAGAUGUGUCCCUAACACACUAUCAGCAUUGGCUCGUGUCUAAAUGUGUAUGUUUUACUUGUAAUAAUGAAAAUGAGGGACUUGUGAAUCUGCAGUGUAAAUUACCUCAGAUGUAUGGGUGUCCAAUCUUGUGGUUUUAAGCUAACAAAUUCUGUAUAUAUUUUAAUAUUCUUAAGAGGUACAAACAUAUCUAGUACAAAUUUGCUUCUCUGUGAAAAGAAGGUCCCUGUCUCAUACACACAUGCCAGUGUGUCUCCUUCUAUCAUGCCGGUUUUGCAUUCCCUGUUUGUAGACAGGUUUGUUCUCUCCCAUACUAAGAAUAUUAUAUUCCUGCUAUGCCCGGCUGAAUAUACCUGAAAGCUAUAACUACUGAGCCUUGCCUAUUCUCUGGGUUCAAACUGUUCUGCCAAGCAUUUGUGGCAGAGUUGAGGAAUAUCUUAAAUGUAGGUAUAUGUGUUUCUGUAUGUUUGCAGAUAUUUUCCUUCUUGAUGUUAACCUUACCUCAUUUUCCCCAUUCUUGUUUGUUUCUGUCUCAAACACGUUUGUCAUUUGGCCUCACUUCACCAAUAUUUCAUAUUCCCCCUCAUCUUGUCAGGGCAGCUGAAGUAGGGCAGAUUCAAGCCUCAGUGCUACCCCCAUCUUGAGGUCAGUUCUCUACACUCAUCUUUCUAGAAGCCUUAAUAAUACUCUGUAAGUUGCCAGCAAGGACACACUUUCACACAUCAAUCAAGUGAACAGUCUGUUCAGCAUUUGUAAUUCUGUAAAUAUUUUAUAUAUAACCCAACUUGGAAACUAAUUCUGCCUUGAAAAGGUGUAAUUGGAACAUCUUAAUGUUUGAAAUCUACAAAGCAUGUAAAAAUGCCCCUGGUUAUCAGGGAGGAGGGGGCAGGAUAAAAAUUCCUCAUUGCCUUAUACCAAAUAGUACAGCCUCUAUAAAAUAGUAUUUGAGUACUUUCAUUUAUGAAUUUCCCACGCAUACUCAACUUCAAGAUGAAAGAUCGGCUUUGUAGUCCUGAGAAAAUAGUCACAGAUGGUAUUACCUUGGAUGAAGGAGCCUGAACAUAUUUAGGUGUGUAUAUAUAAUACAUAUAGUUGAACUGAAAAGGAACAGCUUCUAUUUCGACCCUACCUGAAAUGAGUGGGACUGCAUUCAUUUCAGUGAGCUUGUGCAGAACCUCCUGCUUGACUUCAUCUCGAGCAUAUAUAUAUAUAUAUUUAAUAAGUAUAGUUCUUUCAACUGUGCACAAAUAUCUUAUGUAUACAAAGUGUAAACCGCACUUUGCACAAGUUUGUUCUACAUGCAGAGCCUCCUGCCAAAGUCUCAAAUGGAAGGCAGUGUAGGGGGAAGACAAAUGUCAGCUAUUUGUUUUGGUUUAUUUGUCUUGGCUAAUUAUUAUACUACUUUAGUUGGUGUGUUUGGUUGUCCCUAUGAGGCUCUGAAAGGAAUGAGAGAUGGUCUGUCCAAUUAGAAACAUUUCUGUGAUUUCAGCUUAGGUGCCCUGUGUAGAGUUAUGAACCCUUCAUUGUUCUUGCCUAGCAAGCUGAAGUGAUCUGGCUAAAUUCUGUAUUCCCUUAAAUAAUUUGAGAAACUAGGCUCUUGGUUUCUUUUCUUAAGAUAGAAAGCUAAGCCUGAGGUAUUAAGAAAAAUUAAGAAAGUGAUUUUUCAUCUUUUGAAAACAUGAGACUUUGGAUGAUGAUGUGGUUGACAUUUCUGUGAUAGUGGCUUGUUAGGUAGCAUUAUUGUUAAAUAGCAAUAGUUUGUGAAUGAACUAGCACAGUUUAUCGCUUCAACUAGAACAGUGUUUCUCAACCUUGGCAACUUGAAGAUGUCUGGACUUCAACUCCCAGAAUUCGCUGGCUGGGGAAUUCUGGGAGUUGAAGUCCAGACAUCUUCAAGUUGCCAAGGUUGAGAAACACUGAACUAGAAUUUACAACACUAGAUUAAUUCAGACUUUAUAGUUUAAAUCGACAUCUUUGGAGUAUGAUCAAGUAAUAGCAUCAUGUUGUGAAACAAUCAGCUUCAUUUGGUUGUAUCUUACAAGGAAAAGGCAAGGACCCCCCUAUUCACAACGAUUACUUAAUUGUUAAGACAGACAUUAUAGCCAAAGUAAACCUUUUCAGCCUGGCCAACAUCACUAUGUCAGCUGUGAGGAAUGAAUGCAUUUUGCACCCCCUUAAGCUUUUACAAUGGCACAGAUAGUCCUCGACUUAAGACCACAAUCGUCACUAAGUGAUGCAGUCAUCAAGCAAGUCACACCUGAUUUUAUGACCUUUUUGCUGCUGUCAUUAUCUGAAUCAGCUGUUAAGCAAAUACGACUUCCUCCAUUGACUUUGCUUAUUGCAAAUCAGCUGGGAAGAUCAUAUAUGGCAGUUACAUGAUCCUGGGGUACUGCAACUAUCAGAAAUACAUGCUAGUUGCAAAGAACCAAAAUUGUGAUUAUAUGACCGCAGGCAUGCUGGCUGCAGUGAUUAUAAGACCAAGGACUGGCAUAAGUCACUUUUAUCAACACCAUCGUAACUUCAAAUGGUCACUAAAUGAAUGGACAUAAGUCAAGGACUACCUGUAUGUCUGUUUUUUAGGAUCUUGAUUGUAGUCCUCAUUUAGAACACUCUUCUCUCCACCAGCACAUACAUAACACCACCUCCUAAGGGGAGCUGAAAUAGCUUUUGCAUAAGGAGUUUGAAUGCAGAAAGGUAGAAUUCCCCCCCACCCCCUUUGUACUAGAGAUUUAUAUAUGCAAGACACUCUACGCAAGAAAGCUGCUAAUGGAGAAAGGAGGCCUCUGACUUAAUUCCUUUGUGCCGGUUUACCUAGAGAGGGCACUGUCCCCCAUCUUAUGUCAGCUGGGGUAGGAGGGUACAUAGGCUGCUGCCCAAGUCAUAACUUAUCCUUAACGUGAUGUGAAAAUCUCAGGGUGUGAAUCCCUCCCACGACACUUCAUACUUUGAUACUUUGCCACCUCAGGUGUCAUUCUUCCCUGUCAUGCCAUGCUCACAUUUUACCCAGAGUUCAGUGCAAGGAACACAGUCUCUCUCCCACCUCUUUUGUACGCCAUAGUACUACUAUAGGAGAAGCAAUCUGUAGUAAAGGUGUUGCUUCUUAGGGCAGUGGCCCAAAAUUCCUUCCUCCAUCAACGCGGGGCACUUAAUGACUGUGGGUAAGAAGCAGAUUUUUCCCCAUUAUACACUUAUUCAUGUUGGGGGAGGGCGGGGAGAGAGAAACUGAUUAUUAUUCCCACACCUCCUCUCAGUAUUUCUUUGCCAAUACAUACCUCAUGCAAUCCUAUAAAUGGUAUCCCACUACCUUCUUCACCAUCACCCCAGCCAGUCUUUCUUUCUAAAAGGGUUUUUUUUUUUUAAUUUUGAAUCCAGAUUAUCAUCAAAGAUUAUGGAAGAAUAAAAAGGAGUUUCCAAUAAGGAGGCAACUUUUUACUUAACUUUAUACUUAAACCCCCAAUAUACUAUGCAUCGUGGUUUUCCCCCUCGCAGUCCAGAGCAGGGAAAGAAACUGUGAGCAGGGAGUUAGUGAAUGUACAUUUGGGAGAUGGGGUUUUC